CAUCAUUUUAGUCACCACAGUGAGCUGGGAUACAAAACAAGGCAGGCAGGGCUCGCGCUAGCUUUGCUUACGCAAGUAGGUCAAUCCGAGUGGCAGCGUUCUAGAGAAGAGCUUUUAGAAUUUCCUCCUCAAAGAAAAGAGGUGAAUAUCCCACUGGAAUGAGCCGUCUAAAAGCCUUCUUCCACCCUUCGCUCUCCAGGGUCCUGACCGUGCAGCCGAAAAACUCUUCCAACACCGCCUUCUCAUCAUCAGGAAACUUUUAGAAAGAAAUCAUGGAGUUGCGUGUUGGAAACAAGUACCGCCUUGGGCGGAAAAUUGGAAGUGGCUCUUUUGGGGACAUUUACCUUGGUGCGAAUAUUACAUCAGGAGAGGAGGUGGCUAUCAAACUGGAAAGUGUGAAGACCAAGCAUCCCCAGCUGCAUAUCGAGAGCAAAUUCUAUAAAAUGAUGCAGGGAGGAGUGGGUAUUCCGUCGAUCAAGUGGUGUGGUGCUGAGGGUGACUACAAUGUAAUGGUGAUGGAGCUACUUGGUCCCAGUCUGGAGGACCUGUUCAACUUCUGCUCAAGGAAAUUCACCCUUAAGACAGUGCUGUUGCUUGCAGAUCAGAUGAUCAGUCGCAUUGAGUACAUCCACUCAAAGAACUUCAUUCACAGAGACAUCAAACCGGACAACUUCCUUAUGGGUCUCGGCAAGAAGGGCAAUCUGGUAUACAUUAUUGACUUCGGUCUCGCCAAGAAGUAUCGUGAUGCCCGCACACAUCAGCACAUUCCCUAUCGUGAGAAUAAAAACCUGACUGGCACUGCCCGCUAUGCCUCCAUUAACACUCAUCUGGGUAUCGAGCAGUCCCGACGGGAUGACCUGGAAUCUCUUGGCUAUGUACUCAUGUAUUUCAACCUGGGCUCACUGCCUUGGCAAGGCCUAAAAGCUGCCACGAAACGACAGAAGUAUGAGCGCAUCAGUGAGAAGAAGAUGUCAACCCCCAUUGAAGUGCUUUGCAAGGGCUAUCCAUCUGAAUUCUCCACAUACAUGAACUUCUGCCGCUCACUGCGAUUCGAUGACAAGCCUGAUUACUCCUAUCUGAGACAGCUGUUCAGAAAUCUCUUCCAUAGACAGGGUUUCUCCUAUGACUACGUGUUCGACUGGAACAUGCUGAAAUUUGGAUCCAGUAGGACAACAGAGGAAAAAGAGAAGGAGCAGAGAGGAGGAGAGGGAGAGGAGAGAGAUGAGAGGACUGGGGGGCCUCAGGGUUCUGCUGCCCGCGCGCUGCCUUCUGGCCCCAACCUUCCAGCACCCAACAGAGUCCGCAAUGGUCCAGACCCAGCUGGCUCUGCUCCAACCUCACGUGUCCCACAGACCGGGAACGCGUCUCCCAGAGCUGGGCGGGGGGCUGAGCGAGAGAGAAGAGUGUGUCUGCGCUUGCACCGGGGGGCGCCAGCUAAUGCCUCCCCUGAUCUUCCUCUGCGCCAUGAUCAGAUUCGCAUUACACCCCCACAGGUCAGUGUGCCAUUUGAGCAUAUGGGGAAAUGAGCUGGGCAACCUCUGUCAUUUAUUCUUUUCUGGGAGGAUUUCAACAAACAACUCUCCCUAAAGCAUUUGUAUUCAUAUUUCUAAAUAAGUCAGUGGAGCGAAGAAACAGAAGUGGCGGAGAAGGGGCAGAAAGUCAGUAACUACUCUGUUGCAAUGGACAGUGAGAUCUACAACCCGACGGCUCUGAAAUGGUGAAGGCUACUGGAGAUUUGGAUGAGAAACAACUGAUAAAGAAACAUGGCUCCACUAAGUACAAGAAAAGUUUGGAUCACAAGUCUCAGACAUAGAAAUGAUUACUGGAAUUGAAGACUUUUGCCCACAACUUGACUGUUAUUCCUGUGUGGUCUUAAAUACUGAUACUGCAAACGACAUGGAAUAACUUCUUCGAUUGUUAAAAUUGAUUGUUUAUUAAGUGUGAGUCCAAAUAAAUGUAUUGCUCGCACACAUACUUUAACACACACAGAAGUGUUGUAUAUUGUCUUACAUGCUGAUGUAGAUGGUAUAGUGAAAAACAUAUUUUUAUGGUUUAAACGUAUCAUAUGCACAAGAUAAGAAUUUUAACAAUGUAUUCAAUUAAAUUUUCAGUGGUUGCUUCAUUAGUUGGAGGUUGAACUAAUCAUGCACUGAAACAUUAAAGAAUUGAUUUGUAUUUGCAUAGCAUGGACAACACUUAAUUUAACUGAGAUGUUAACCAGAACAGUGAUUAUUUUAAGAAAUUAACUGAGAUGUUAAUGAGACUAGAGGUUAAUUUUAGCCUAUCUAAAAUCUAAAUAACAUCCCAAACAUUGCUGCUGGCCUAUGAGUCUUUAUGUGAAACCCAUAGAAAAUAGUGCAUAUGGAAGUUAAUCUAAGGAGCUCUGUACUGGCAUGUUUGGCCAUAGUACCCUGAUUUAUAAAUAAAUGGAUAUGUCCAAUUA